UUCAGGUUGUCUUUUCAUCGAUAUGUGGAGCGUCUUAAGGCGGCAUCGCGAAGUUGAUGCAGUGGGGGUGGCAGUUAAAAGAGGGAGAACGGAAGUGGGCGUGGGCACCGCCACAAGCGGGAGCAAAGCCCGUAAGGUUGGGGUAUCGAGGGAAAGAGAGAAGAAGAUGAGGGGGACAGAGGGAAAAAAAGGAAGGGAAAGGGCAGAACGUGGAGGGGUACGAGUGGCAUGAAUAGAGGGCUGGGAUGGGGAAGGGCAAGAUAAUGAAAAGAGAGGGCAGAGAGGGAAACCCGGGGGUGGAGGGGUGCGGGUUGUAUGAAUGUAGGGUUGGGCUUGGGUGUUUGUGAAAGAGCAGACAAGGAGGGAGCAGCAGCUAGAGAAGAGGGGGCUUGGGGGGGGGGGGGGGGAGGCCUAACUAUUGCAAUCUGUGUAAGGGUUUCUAUCAGGGGUUAAGGGAGAAGAAAGGAGAGUUCAAUUGACAAACGUGAAAAAGACAGGGAAGGAAUUUGAGAUGAGUAGGUGGGCGGGGGAGGCGAGAGGUCUUAUCCCCUUUCGAAACUUGCGUUAGGGUUUGUGGUAGGGGUUAAGGGAGAGAGAAGGAGAGUUGAAAAGGGGAGAGAAAGCGUUUGAAGGAGGGGGGAGGGGGGAGGGGGGAGGAGGAAGGUCUUCAAUUUCUGCAAUCUGGUGUAAAGGGGUCUGCGAGGGGUUAAGGGAGCAAAGAAGAGAUGGCGCGAGGCCUUGUUCUGGACAAGUCUCCCGAACUUGGGAGCAAGGCAGAAGUGGAGGCACUUUUGGGAACUUGGGAUAAUGUGGUGAAAGAGGUAGAGGGGGAUACUGAACUCAUAGCAUCUUAUACGGGAGGGUAUGGCGGGGAAGGAAUCGGAGGCCCUGGGCUGUCCCGAUUGAACACCAAAAUUCAAGACAGAUUAACAGCCUUACGAGCCAGCAUGAGAGAACUGGAGGUGCUUGCUGAGGAGCAAGACAGUGAGCAGGAGAUGGAUGCUCUUAUGAGUAAACUGGAGGCUUGCAAAAUGCAAUACGAUGGGUUGAGGAAGAAGUUGCGAACCGCAAACUUCCAAGCCAAAGCCAAUACAGAGAAAGCACUGCUAAAGGAGAGAGAGGCACUUUUGGGAGGACAGGAGGAUGUCACCCUGAGAAGAAGAAAGUUACAGAGCCAAGCAGAGAUGGCGGCGGAAGCUGAAAAUAUAACAGAGAGCUUAAGGCGGACCCGGCAGACAAUGAUGCAUGAAAUCGAGCAUGGGAAAAAGACUCUCUCAGUUUUGGAGGACUCGAAUACUGCCCUCAGGAAAACAGAGGCCGAGUACACCGGCCAGAGCUCGUUGCUGAGUACAGCGAAAGGUCUACUUUCCACUCUUCGGAGGCAGGAUGUCUUGGACAGAGUGAUCGCUGCCGUCGGCUUCCUUAUCUUCUUGCUGGUCUGUUUGUACGUUCUCCGCAAACGCCUUUUGUGACUGCCUUCCCGCCCCGCAGCGCAUAUCCCCCUGGUUCCAGAGCAGCAUGUGCAGCCCAGCCCUGUUUGAGGAAUAUAGUUGAGUUGGCGCCACACUGCUUUUUAUGCAAUAUCGCGAUCGUGAGUCCGAUUGGCAGUCAAUAUUGCAAGGAAACAGGCGACAUCGUGACAAGGGUAUAUGAGGAGGACUGUGGCCCCCAUAUUAUGCAUGGAGGGGAAUACAAGGCUAGUGGGCAUCCUAUGGAUAUUGUGGAGCCCUCGUCGAUGAUUUGCGUUCGCUCUGUGUCUGCUUCAUUCAUCAAGCAGGUAUAUCAACCGGAAAAUAUGGUGAUCAGUGAUGAUUGGAGUCAAUGAGGGCACACUGGAUGGAUAUGACUUGAAAAUCGUGUCUAUUCGUUUACUGCAUCGAUUGUGGACAUUGGUCAAGGCAACAAGAGUUCUUAAGCAUGUGGGCCUGCCGGCAAGUCGGCAGCAGCUCCGGGUACCCUUCGUGCCUCUUCGCUCCCAUCCACAAGUGAAGGGUGUCCUGUCGAUGGGGAGGAGGUUGCCAGUUAGAGGGUAAGAAUGGUGGUGGAUGCUCUUUGCCUGCCUGGCUUUGGGAUUCGUCAUCGAGACAUACCCUCUCUGCCUACGGUUCACCAGGCAGUUCUCGAUGACGAUAUAUCGUUGAUGACGACCAGUAGGAUCCCUCAGAGGCUAUAUCCCCAGCAACCAUGAAAGAUAGUGCGCUAUCGGUAUUGAUAGUGCGCUAUCGGUAUUACACAAAAAACAACACCCGUCAUGCUGUGGUGCAGAUUCUCUCUCUCUGGUUGAAGAUAUACUCUGAUGCCAUUAGGAAACUAGUGGUUGAAUUGGGCUGAGCUUAUUUCACUGCAUAGGGAUAUGGGGUUGCGGAGAUGUGUAGAGCGUCUUCUUGGGUCUUAAGACUCAAGCUCUCGUAGCAGUGAAUAACAAAGGGUGACGAGAAUC